UAGCGGCGGCGGCGGCGGCGGGCGGGGAUCUGGGCGUGGAGGCACGAGGGGCGGGGCGGGCGGCACUGCGGGCCCGCGGCUCGGGCGGCUCCGGCGGCUCCCGCUCCCGCUCCCUGCUCGCCCUCAGUCCCAGCCGGCACCCACGGGGCCGCAUCGUAGCCCGGCUCGGCCCAUGCCCAGGGCCGCUGCUCCCUCAGCUGCCGCCGCCGCCGCCGGGGCCCGGGGGGCCGCCGCGGCCGUGAGGUGGGGGCGGCCGCGGGAGGCGGCGGGGCGGGCCGCCGGGGCCGGGGCUGGGGGCGCAGCGCGGCCGGCGUAGGUCUAUGUCGCGGGCGGUGGCGGCGGCGGCGGCCGCAGAGGGACGAUGCGCGAGUACAAAGUGGUGGUGCUGGGCUCGGGCGGGGUAGGCAAAUCCGCCCUGACCGUGCAGUUCGUGACCGGCACCUUCAUCGAGAAAUACGACCCCACCAUCGAGGACUUCUACCGCAAGGAGAUCGAGGUGGACUCGUCGCCGUCGGUGCUGGAGAUCCUGGACACGGCGGGCACCGAGCAGUUUGCGUCCAUGCGGGACCUGUACAUCAAGAACGGCCAGGGCUUCAUCCUCGUCUACAGCCUCGUCAACCAGCAGAGCUUCCAGGACAUCAAGCCCAUGCGGGACCAGAUCAUCCGCGUGAAGCGGUAUGAGAAAGUGCCAGUCAUCUUGGUUGGGAACAAAGUGGACCUGGAAAGUGAGAGAGAAGUAUCGUCCAAUGAAGGCAGAGCCCUUGCUGAAGAGUGGGGCUGCCCCUUUAUGGAGACUUCUGCUAAGAGUAAAACAAUGGUGGACGAACUCUUUGCAGAAAUUGUGAGGCAGAUGAACUAUGCUGCUCAGCCUGACAAAGAUGACCCAUGCUGUUCGGCAUGUAACAUACAAUAGCAUCCAAAUAUGGCUGUUCUGGAUGGGAUUUGCCCAGUGUUGUAGGUGAUAGAAAACUCACCUACUCCUCUGCAGAACUUGCAAGAUGCGUGGUGUUAAUCUACAGAGAACUGCAGCCCUUAUUCAGAAUUGAGCAGUGAUUGUCAGUUGAUAUCUCUGAGUAACAUUUGGGUUCAGUAACUACAGUUUUCACCAUUUGUCCUCAGUCUCCUUUCUGCAUCUGCAACUUUAAGGCAUAGUCCAUCGAUCUACAGGGUGAUCUCAUUUGAAAGCUAUGAUGGCAUUGUCACUGAGUUGACAGAAGCAACUAUUGUAUAAAUUAAAAAUAACCAUAAGGGAGAAACCAGAAGAUUCCUAUGACCACUUACAAUUAAAAUAUUUUGUCUUCUUUAAAAAAAUAAGUAAAGGAGAAAUAUUUUCCUACAAGAGUCCUGAAUUUCAGGAAUUGGGAUAGAGCUUCUAACCAAUGUAUUCCGUCAAGUAAGAUAAUAACAGCUGACCUGCCAGCAGCAUUACAGGGAGAGAUUCUUUGCUCAGCUAACACAUUUCUGUUUUUCAAAAUUGAUGCUUAAUUGUAGCUGUUAUUCUAAUUUGUGACAUGGAACUAACUCAUGCUUCAAUCCUUGAUAGAGCAAAAGUCAGAACAGGUUGUGUAAAAAUACAGUCUAGCUUUAGAAUUUGUUAAAUCACCUGCUUUGCCACAGAAAAUGGAGGCUUUCACAAGGGUUUGAUCAGAAUUAAACUCCAAACCCACCCUCUUUUAACUGAGCAGGGGUGGUCUUUAUAACUUUACUGAACAAGAGGGAAGCAACUGUGAUGGGAAGAGAUUGCCUAGCCUUAUUAACAAGAAGCAUUCUAAUAGAUACACUAGUACCAUCAUGUAAGGAAAAUGAAGCCAUGUUGCAUCCACAUGUUCCCGUUUGCAGAAACCUCAUAGGACAAUAUGAAUAUCUGGCAUUUUUAAGUUCAUUAAAGCAGCAAAUUCCUUCUCGCCUUUAAGGGCUAUGGUUGUAGUGUGACCUGUAGCUAACCUGCUUUCAAAAUCAAGUUUGCUGUAGCAGAGCUUUAUUGCAGGCAUUUUAAAAAUUGAAUAACUAUGUGAAAUAAUUUGGGCAUAAAAGUAGAACAUAAAUUAUAGAGUGGAAGGUAAGGGACAAAAGCCUUUUAUCUUUAAUUUUCCUGGAGAAUUAUAUAAAGGUUUUCUUAGAACAAUUUUGCCCUGAUUACUGAAGUAUCAAAUAAAGCUGGAGUGAAUAUUUUGUUUUGAAAAGGUGCUCAAGCUCUGACAUUUUUGGUUUUUAUAGCCGUGAAGUAUUUAUCAUUUGCAUGACUAAUGGCACAGGAAAAACCUAUUCAUAAGUUUUACAAUCAAGUAUAGAAAGGUCUUCAGCUAACUUCAGUUAUAAAUGCUGAAAAGAUUAUCUUGAGCUGCGCCUUGGGAGAAGAAUUUGGCCUUCGGAACUGCAAUAUCACUGAGCCUGCAAUCUGUAUACCACCCCACCUUUUGUUGGUUUCACAGUCUUGUGCAAGUAACCUCUGGUCUUACAUGUGUAACUGAGAGAAGAGUGCGUGUUUUUGUGUGCAUGUGUGUUUAUUGUUCCUAAGAAUUUGGCACAAGUCAGAGAUAAUUGCCUAUACUAAGAAUCUAUACUGCAGAAUAUAGUGUAUCAAAAGCGUUUUUUCUUUUAAAUAAUUAAAGUGUCUUUUAUACUUUUUGAAAUCAUUGGUAGCCCCCCCAAGUGUUUAAUAACUGGCAUUAAGCUUAAGGAUGAAGAAAAAAAGGUUGAUGGUAUUUUUCAUAAUGAGAAAGCUGAAGGCAUAUGUGAAUGAAAGCUGGCCAUAGUUGUCAAAAAUCUUUGAAUUUUGAAUGUUUACAUUCUUCAGUAUAAUUUUUUAUAAU